AUGGAAUUGUUGCAAAGAGUCGACGUGCUUCUAGAAGAGGCAACCUUUUCUGAUGAGGAAUCAAACGAAGGGCCAUGUUUUGAUUUCGAAGAGGAGUUGACAAGAAUUUCUCGAAAUAUCGAUGAACAAAGUUCAGAUUUCUAUUCCCUGAAAGAGAUAGUUGGUGUAAAGAGAACGGAACCUUCGACAAACAUAUCCGUCAGAUUACUUCCAAAUAAAAACGAACCAACUUUGAAAAGAAUAACAAAAUUGCAUGAAAACACCCUUUCAACCGAUUCACCUAGUACUCCCGAAGUAAUAAUACAUUUAAAUUCGGACACAGAGGAUGAAUCUGAUGGAGAAAUUUUAUUCCUUAAGUGUGUCCGAUCCGAACUUCUCAGUGAAAGAGAUAAUUUCAAAGAUGUGAAACGUGAAUUCAAAUCUGACGAGUUCAAGUCGGAAGUUCAGCAGUCCAUUAAUGCAUUUACUGGAAUUAUGGAACGUCGUGACUUCAUGACGGAACAAAAAGAUAACCUUAAGGCUUAUAAGGAAUUUGUCGAAGACAUUGAAAGAAAAGUGAGAGAGUCUCACUCAUCAAAGGAAAAACCUUCCAAGAUGUUUGUCAGAGAAUUCAAGAAAGCCAUUUCUACUUUCUCAUAUCCUUUGAAACCUGGUUUUAAAUGUCACGACGAUAACUUUUUCCGAAUCGAUAACCUUGUUUGGCAACUCCCUUGUCAGAAUGAAACUGUUUCCAGAAAAGCUUAUUCCAGAUUCAUUAAAGCAAAAUUCAAUCAGAAAAAAAUUAUGGAAAGUUUCACUAUACCAGCUGUGCCUUCUUCGCCUAACGAGAAAGAGCAGGUGCCAAAUUCUAUCAAAGAAUCUGGAGCCACCGUCUUUCCGUCACCACCUCAUUCUUAUACUUCCAUACCAAUUAUCGAAGAGCCACGUUCACCACUUCCAGAAGAGCAACCAGUCAUACCAGAAGAACCACAAUCUUCUGAACCAGAAUCGCCACGUUCUCCUCCCGCAAGCUCUUACUUCAAUUAUAAGGUUAUACCUCUGGCUGGGCCUGCAAGUUCAAUUCAAUUGGUUAACAACUCUUUAUUCACCAGCUCCAUGAAGGUUAUAGAAACGGAGAAGACCACUUUGAAUAUUGAUGAACCUCGAAAUGUACCUUUGGUUGAUACCUCAGUACUACUGCAGAAAACACUUUCUCCAUUACGUGGUGAAAAGAAGGAUAGCCUUAGAGAUAUACUUAUAUCUUCUAACACCCCUUUUCUCAGUCCUUUGAGAAGCACCUCUGAACGAGAAGGUCAGUGCACCUCAUGCCCAACUGUGGAUGCUCCAAGCUCAACAUAUCAGAGGAUAGAUCUGACACCUGAAGUUGUUUCGUGCGUUUCGGAUAUCGUACAUGAUGUAGAAAAUAAUACUUCUGUAAUUUUGAGCGAAUUGGUAGAAAUCACUUGCGACACCAAUAGUCAAGCUCAGCCUGUACGGAACAAUUCGUUAGAAUCUGAUCUCUCUUAUCAUACUGUAGCUGAAGAACAGGUAGAGCUGGAAGUUUUGACUUUAGGUGAUUCACCUGAUGUGCCCGAUAAUAUACCAUCAAUAAUCCCGAUCACAUAUGAAGGUGCUACUCCCCUAAAAGGUUCAAUUAGCUCCAGCGAAUCACAAUGUAGUAUAACAACUGAACCCCCUAAAAAACUUAAACUGUCGUCUAUAUCCAAGAGGAAAAGGAAGGCUGACCAGGACUUGUAUGUAUUAGAGGAUCAAUCAUUCAUUGCGUCCAAGGAAAAGGAACCAAAAUUGGCUACUUCAAGCCACAAUCAUAGUUCAUAUCCAAUUGUAACAAUUGGAGAUGAUGAUGACGAUAAUUUCAUACGUAUUUCGUUUCUGGAUAAAUCCCGACACCGGCUAGCUCUUCACUUUACAAAUCCUUUCAUCGACUAUACUGACCAAGAUAACAACAAUGUUCCUAUCAUAACGUUAGAGGACGCUUCUAAACCUCCUAAUACUACUUUCCUUCUUCAUCAUCUUGAAGAAGAGUUCCCAGUGGAAGAAGGCGAAAUACCUGAUUGGCGACUUGUGCCCAUAGACACUUUUCCAGGAGAAGGACUUCGUAUAUUCGAAAAGUAUAAAUUGCCCAAUCACAUCGAGCUUCCUCUCCGAAAUACUGAGGAGUAUGCAUUACUUGAAUCUGAUCGUCAGCCUGUGCCUAUUCCUCUGAUAUCGUUAGCUCCAAAGCAGAGCCAAGCAGUAUGCCCAUUAGUUACCAUUGACGAUGACGAUGACGAUGAUGAUAUCAUUAUUGAAAAGCCUCCUCAUCCUGGUAUGCUGUCAUUUUUGCAAACUCUAGGUGUGUCAGAGUUAAGUCGGAAAAAGAGAGAGUAUAGGAAAGUACAUGACAUGCUCACUGCAGAGCACCAACGUACCGUCUCUAAUUAUUCUUACUACUUGAGAGAUGAGUUGAUGCUGAUGGAGAAAGGCUUGGUUCCGAUUUUCGGUACUACUGUCGUCAAACGAUACAAGUAUCCUUUCGACCAUUGUAAGGGAUUGUAUUGGCCCAUUUUCCAACCUACGGAUGCAGUGUCCAUCAAUGAUUUACACAAGAUUAUGGUUGCCGAUGUUUACAAUCAAAUUACGAAUCAAACUUGUUAUUCUUAUGCACAAAAAAAAGAUUUGCUUUGUGAUUCUUCUCCGAACAUCUGGAAUACUCAGUUCAGAGAAGUAAUGGAUAAGUCCGACUCUUAUAUUACUGAGAGAGGACGUUUCAAAAACAGAGUUUCAUAUGCACGUGCAUUCUCCACCACUUCAGAAUUGGAAGCGAAGUCUCAGGACUUGUUAAGCCAACUUGAAGAAGCCUUCUGGAUUAGAGGCAAGUUAGGAGAAAAGAACAUACAGGCCGUCUCUGAUCAAGAAGAGAGUAGAAUUGUGGAAGCAGAAAUCGAAUGCCGUUCGAAUAUGAUGUAUGAUCAUAUUCGGUUCAACAUCGUUGAUAAGUACUCCAGUAGUACAAUUGAUCCCGAUGUAGGAGAGCGGAAAAAGAGUUUAUUCCCGGAUUCUUGGCAACAAUAUCCACGAGAUGUAUAUUUGUGUACUAAUUCGCGGAGAAACCUUAUACCAGAUGCUGUGAAUCACUUGAAUUCUAUUGCCUAUAAAGAGAUUGAUAACACGAUCAUCAGUCCCCCAAGUGAAGAGCAUGUUCUGGAAACACAGAAAGCUAUCUUGCAUGCUGCUUAUCUUUUUCAAAGAGGAAGAAUUGGCAACCAAAGUAGUCCUCUUCUUACUGAGGAGGAAAAUCGAAUUUCGAAAGAACGCAUUGGAAAGAUUAAGGCUUUAUCAUUCACUAUCAGCUACAACGGAAAGUCUUCGUUCUUGAACGAAUUGUGGGAAAUGGUUGCUUUGCAAGACUGGGAGACCAAAUACUGGCCUAUCAUAUGGGAUAAUCUAGCUGCAACGUACAAGAAACUCCCUCCCGUGUCUCUGCUAACGGAAAAAUGUUUGGAUGAACUUCAUCAAUCCUUUACUCGAUAUGUGAAUAUAAACGAUAGAAGGGAGUAUUGUAAAAUGUAUUACUCCAAAUUAGAUCUCAGAAAGCCUCUAGCGGAUGCUCAAUAA